AUGGACAUGAGUGAUAUGACGACAUCAAUGUCGAUGGCGACGGCGACAGCGACGGACACCAUGUCCAUGACAAUGUCCAUGGCCACCUCAACUGCCACUUCUAGCAUGUCCGGCAUGUCUGGCAUGUCCGAUUCCUCAAUGACAAUGUCCAUGUCUGAGAUGAUCAUGACCUUCUUCACCUCAUUCAAGACACCUCUGUUCUCCGAAGACUGGACACCAACCUCGAAGGGCCAAUACGCUGGUACCUGUAUCUUCUUGAUCGUUCUUGCCGUUAUUCUCCGCGUCCUCAUUGCCAUCAGACCCGUUCUCGAGGGUCGGUUAUGGACUGAUGGCAUGCAACACGCCACGAUUGAUGGCAAACAGGACAUGCAGACGAAGCGCAUGUCUGGUGUCCAAUUGAGUAUGCAAGAGCUCGGCAAUCGGUGGUCUAGGUGGCGCGUUAACCCUGCCGCCGGUCGUGCCACGUAUGAGAUGUUCAUUGCUGGAGUUGCAUAUCUACUGAUGAUUGCGGUAAUGACCAUGAAUCUUGGAUACUUCCUGUCCGUACUGGGAGGAAUUUGGCUUGGAACAUUCAUCAUGGGCAGUGUCGCAGCCCAAACUGAAUGGAUGCAUUGUAUUUAG